AUGAGAGAGUGGAGCACAGGGAUCUUCUCCUGCGUUCCAGGCUCGGAUGAGCACACGAGCUCCGAUUGCGAAAUUUGUUGCCUUGGCAUGUUCGCACCGUGCGUGCUUUACGGAAGCAAUAUGACACGCCUUACCGGCGAUUCGAAUGAAUUUUAUGACAGCUGCAUGCGUUACACCGCCUUGUUCUUUCUUGGGAAGUGUUUGCUGCACUGCAACGCGCUCGCUCCAAUCUCGUCGUGGCCCAGCCGAUCCGCCAUACGCUCGCAACUCCGUCUCCAGAGUGGAGCUGAAGACAUCACAAGCGAUCCUACAGAGGGUUGCCAUCGGACCUGUGACUGCAUGCUGCAUUUCUUUUGCCACAGAUGUGCUCUUUGCCAGGAAGCUAGGGAGAUCAGGAGAUGUUUCCCUCCCGUGUCGGGGUCUGCGGCUGCUGAUAGGGUGGCUGUCGUUGCACCCAAGGUACAAGCCAUGAACCACUGA